UGCGGGGAGCGUCAGAAUACCUCGGAAGCUUACAUAUUGUGCAGUGUUCCACGUCAGAACCGCGACAUCGCCCGAAGAUAUAAACACUCAUGGAACAAUACGAGCAGCAUCUACACUUUUCUUUUUUCAGUACAUCAAUAUACCGCAUCCAUACCACGUGCAUCUUGAGAUACUGAAUUCAUCACACACACCAUGGCCACCGCCGCCGUCCAACACGCCCAGUCCACGCCCUCUUUUGCACACCAGAUCAUCAACAAACCCACAGCAAGCUCGGCGAGCAGGCCGCAGGAUGUAGACACCGUGCUGCACUACUUUAGGCCUAACGCCGACGGCUCGCCACCACAUCCGACUUACGUCGAUAAACCAGAGACAUACCACCGGGAGCCUGAAUCGCACAACGUCACCGUUCGAGAUGUUCGCGGGAAGGAAGACCAGUUCUCGCUGGACAAGAACGGAUUCCAGUUCUACAAGCACGUGAGCAAGGAGAAGGACUUCUUAGACGAUGAGAAGAUCAAGGCGGAGUAUUAUCCGGAGACAGAGCAGUUGUUAAAGGACGCCACCGGCGCCUCCCGCAUACAUAUCUUCGACCACACCAUCCGCCGGCAGCCCCCCAACCGUGAAACCAUAACCCCGGAUCGCAAACUCCGCGGCCCUGUCCAACGCGUGCACAUCGACCAGUCCUACGCCGCCGCCAAGUCCCGCGUCCCCUUCCACCUCCCUGCUGACGCAGAGCACCUUCUGAAACACCGCGUCCAGAUCAUCAACGUGUGGCGCCCCAUCAAACCCGUGCAGCGGGACCCGCUCGCCGUCGCGGAGGCGAAUAGCGUCAGCGACGAGGGACUGGUGGUAACGAAGCUGAUUUAUCCGAACCGGGAGGGGGAGACGUAUGCGGUGAAGUACGAUGCUGGGCAUCGGUGGUACUACAAGUCUGGGCUUGGACCCGAGGAGGUUAUACUGAUCAAGUGCUUCGACUCCAAGCUUGAUGGAAGGGCGCGUAGAGUGCCGCAUACGGCGUUUGAGAUCCCGGGGACGGAGGACAAGGAGGGGAGGGAGAGUAUUGAGGUGCGGUGUUUGGUGUUCCAUGAGGAUGAUACGUUGGAGUAGGCCUGCGUCGGUACACAGCACAAAUUGCAUGCUUUGAAUGUUUU